GGGUGGGUGUUGAAUUAUUGGCCAAGGGCAAAAACAAUGCAGUGAGGCCAACUGCGGGCCCAAUUGUUACUGAUACAGGAAAAUGAUAAUAAAACUACACAGAAGUUAAAAUUUUCUGUUGCAAGGACUAAUUUGCCCCUGUCAUGACCAAAAUCAUCUUCGUUCCCCUGCUUUUCAAUUUGGUGAGGAACUCUUUAAUGGACGUCAUAGAACCAAUCGUGAAUAUUGUGAAGGAUGUUGUACCUACAGUUAAGAAAUAUUUCAAGUAUCAGAUAUGUCACAAUGAUUAUGUCAAUGAAUUCAAAGAAAUGCAAACACAGCUGAAGCGCCGACGGCAAGACGUUGAAGAAGAACUGCAUGCUCAACUUAGGCAGCCAGGGAAGAUUGCAAAGAAGGAAGUUCAAGCUUGGCUAGAGAAAGCAGACCAAGAAACUACAGAAAAAGUGGUUGAAGAUCUAAUCUGCAAAGGGGGCUUUUUGACAUAUAUUUGCUCCUCAAGAAAGCUCGAUAAAAGGACUCAAUCACUGAUUGAAGGAAUAUUUAAGCAAGGAGAAAAGUACACUAGUGCUGAUGAGAGUUUGGUCGUAGAUACUCCCUCAAUUGAGUAUUGGGCAACUGUAUUUGAAGAAAAGCAAGAGAGGCUAAAGCACCAAAAGGAAGACGUUGAAGCAAAUUUGAAGACUCAGCGUAUGCAACCUGGAAAGAUUGCAAGGAAGGAAGUUGAAGAGUGGCUAGAGAAAGCAGGCCAACAGAUUGGCAUAAAGGUUGAAGGUCUAAUCAACCAAGGGGGAUGCUCCUCUCUAUCCAACCUCAGGAGAAAAAUUGAAGAAUUGAGGCAAAUACUUGAGCAAGGAAAACAAUUCACUAAUGCUACUGUGAUUUUGGUCAGAGAUGAUCACUCAAUCAAAGGAUUUCCACUUCUCGUUGAAACAUGUAGUGGCAGGGAUGAUAUACAAGAAAAAAUUCUGAAAUGGUUGAAGGGAGACAAGGUUACAAGAAUUGCAGUUUCAGGAAUGGGUGGUGUGGGCAAGACAACAAUUAUGAAGAAUGUCCACAACCAACUGUUGAUUGAAUCCAAAUUUGAGAAUGUUAUUUGGAUUGCAAGUAGCUUGAAACUAGAACGAGAGCCAGAUCAUGAGAAUGAAACCAAGCUUGCUGCAUUGAUUUCACAAAGUCCUCAAUUCUUGGUGAAAGCCGGCAUAGCCUUGGAGAAGUUACCAGAGGAGCAUGAAUGGAGAGAAAAUCUUUUGAAGAUUUCAACAAUUCCAGAAGCUUUUUUUGAGCAUAUGCUUGGGCUCAAGAUUGUUGAUCUUUCCAACAGUUGGCAGCUAAGUAGGCUGCCGAGUUCUAUCUCCAAAUUGGAGAAGCUUACUACAUUAUUGCUACGUCAAUGUAAUUCCUUAAGAGAGGUACCAGCAUUAUCCAACCUUGUAGGGUUAAAGAAGUUAGACCUUUCCUGGACAUCAAUUGAAGAACUACCGCAAGGCCUCAACAUGUUAACAAAUCUAAAAUAUCUUGGUCUUGAUGGAAGAUUAUCUGAAACACUUGAUAAACCGCUACAAAAUCUCUCCAAACUUCAGCAUUUAUUAGUAACUGCUGAUCCCAGUGCCAAAACAGAAUUUAAAUGGGAGACGAUUGGAAUUUGGGGGAAGCUUCAAAACCUUGAGAAGCUGCAUCUUGUUUCUUUGCAUAACUCGAAUAUGGUGUUUGGGGAAGUAGGAGCAAUUGCUGAGUCAGCAUCACUACCAGCUGGCACAUUUUCCUCUCUUCAAUAUAUUAGUGUUUGGCAUUGUAAUAAAAUAAAGAAGUUAUGCUCGGAUCUGAAAUCUGUGUUUGAUGAAGAAGGUCUUGGUUUAUCGCCACGUGUACCUCCCACAAGCUUUUUCUCUCUUAAAGAAAUUAGGGUUGCAGUAUGUGAUCAAUUAAAAAAGGUAUUCUCAUCUGGAUGGCUGCUCUGCUACUUCCAAUCUCUAGAGACUAUUGAGGUUUCAAGUUGUUCUCAAAUGGAGGAGCUGAUAUCGUCAUCAGCACAUGAAGAAGAAAAAGUCACUUUACCCAAGUUAGAAGAGUUGAAAUUGACAAGAUUGCCCUUAUUGAAGAGCAUCUGCAGCAGCUCCAGUGUGUUGAUUUGUGAUUCCAUCCAGAGUCUGAUGAUUUCCAUGUGUGAGAAGCUAAAUAGGAUUCCUUUGAAUUUUCUCUUGCUUGAUAAUGCCCAAUCAUCUCAUCCUCCUUCCCUCGAAGAAAUUUGUGGUAUUCCCCAAAGAAUGGUGGGAAUCAUUGGAAUGGGACCAUCCCAAUGCAAAAGACAUCCUUUUCCCCUUCUACAUAUUUUCGCCAAUGUGCUGGGAGCCGUACAACAAAUGUAAGCCUUUUAAUCUUCAAUUUUCCAUUUCUGAUUCAACUCAGUAUGAGUUUUCUAUUCUUAAUAAAUCUCUCUCUCUCUCUCUUUCAUCUAUUCUUUUCUCCCCCAUUGGCAACAAUUAGGAUUCGGCUCUGUAACCACAAGAGUUGAAGGAAAUCACAUAUGCACUAGUUGCUGUUGCAAUUGGGUUUUCAAUGUAAUAUAAUCUUUGUUUUUCUUUUGCUGUGUGUGUUGUGUGUUUAAAUAUGUCCAAUUUUAAGUGAAAAACUUGAAAUGUUUGUUUCUUUAUUAUCUGUGUAAUGUUGUCUUUGAAACUGUGUGGAAAAAAGACUUCAAACUGUAUUUGCUUUUCUUGUAAUAUGUAUUUCAAUUUAUUGCAUUUGCAUAUCUCCUCAAAUUUCAUUCAGCAACAUUAUCAUCAUCAACAAAAACCGAGACUUACUUUCAUCAACAAUAGCGGCACACUCUGUUACUU